UCAAUACAUCUCGACGGAUUUAGAUGUGUCGAAGUGGUUGGCAGUAUUUUGUAUUUGUAUUUUGCAUUUUGUAUUUUAUUUAUAUAGCACCAAUUUAAUACAACGUUAGUUGUCCAAAGUGCUUCACAGUGCCAAGAGCAAACAAAAGUAUAAAUAAAAACAAAUAAAACAAUGUAAAACACACACAUAACAUAUUAAACAUCACUCUCCAUAAUUAGAAUUUGCAUUCAGACUUAAGCAAAUGUGAUUUUAACAGAUAAAGAUUUGAUGGAUCUAAUAGCGACUCGAUCACCUUUGUGUUUGUAUUUUGUCUUAGCAACGGCAAGUCGAUAUUUGUUUUCAGAUCUCAAGGAUCUGGGCGGAGUAACGUUACACGUUACACUGUGACCAUCCUAGACAGGUAAAUAGGCGCUAAAUUGUGAAUGGCCUUAAAAACAAGUACGAGAAUCUUAAGAACAAUGCGAUAACGUACUGGCAACCACUUCAUUGAACCUAGUAACACAGUUAUUCAAAAUAACUAGGACAGUACAAUACCAGCUUUUAUAAAUGGACAGUUACUGGUUAAAGUAGCCUAACCUUAUGUGUUUUGUAAAUGGUCCUCGAUUAAAGUACAAGCCAGAUAUAAUCACAGCGCUCGAAACAAGGUUGUAACACUUUUGAAAUGACAAAACCUUAGAAGACUGAUUAGAUACUUAUAUUUCACGUGCUAAGUAAUGAAUUAUGGUUUUGUGUUUAAAUACAAGAAUAAGCUCGCGACAUUAUUUACAGUUUGAAUGAUGCACUUACAUGCAACCGAUUUGAAGCGACAAAAAAUGAAUCACAAAUCGUUUAUUCAUCAAACAGGGCGUGGCAUGAUGAAUCCCCAAAUAAAUCUUCGCGUUUUUCACGCAAAAGUUCAAGAAUCGCUCUCUGCUCCUUCAAAAAGUAGCUACAGUAACACAUUUGCACUGUGAAUUAGCGCUGAGGAGAAGCCACGCCCACGUAGUGGUUCGAACCAAUAGGGUACUGGCUUUGGUACUGUCGAAAUUAGCAUAGAAACACACGUUCAUGAACUGGCAGAACGUUACAGAGUUCUAUAAUGUUAUCAUAAUGUAUGUGUAAGCAUGUGGGCAAAAACUAGCCUUACUUUGCUCAUCCUGCAGCUCACUCACAACAGCGAAUAUGGGACAACUCAAUUCAUGUUGUAAGCCAGCAAUAAAGGAUUGUGAUAGUGUGUACAAAUACUGUACACCAGCACAAUCUUCCACAAGUAAAGUGGAAAACCAUCCACAUCCAAUUGUGGAUGGUAAAAAAGAGAGAGGAAGGAAGGAGGAUGCUUUUAAAAAGAAGAGAAGGUUUUGGAAGUGGGCCUUUUCUCAUCGAAGAGGUGGCAAAAAAUACCUCAAGACCACCUCAGGUCAGGGUAGUGAGGAAAACCAGGAUACUGAGGCAGCCGAAACACCUUCAGACGGUCCAUCUGCAAGAAGUUCUGAUGAUCAUAUUUUUCUCCAGCAUGCCAUCCUAACUGUAGAGAACCAUGAUCGUCAAGAUCUUUGUACCAGUAAUCCUAAAGUCCUUCCCACUGGCCAGCCUGAGGCUGAUGAUAAUUGCCUCCAUCUUACAGUUCGCGAAUGGAGCGACAACGUCCUCCCCACUCCAAUCCACUCUGCUUUUGACUGGAGCACUGAUGUCCUCCCCGCUCCAGUCUGCUCUGCAUCUGAUUGGAGUGCUGAUGUCCAACCCACUCCACUUCACUCCACGCCUGAUUGGAGCGCUGACAUCUUUCCCGCUCCUGACAGCUCUGCAUCUGACUGGGGCGCCAAUGUCGAACCUACUCCAGUUUGCUCUGCGCCAUAUUUGAGUGUCAAUAUCUUUCCCACUCCUCUCAGCUCUCAGUCUGAUUCAAGCACUGAUAUUCUCCCUGCUCCUGUCCACUCUGUGCCUGACUGGAGCACUGAUGUCUUCACUGCUUCUGUCCACUCUCCAUCUGAAUGGAGCUCCAACAUUUUCCCCGCUCCUGUCCACUCUGGGUCUGACUGGAGUCUCGAUGUCCUCCCCGCUCCAGUCUGCUCUGCAUCUUAUUGGAGUGCUGAUGUCCAACCCACUCCACUUCACUCCACGCCUGAUUGGAGUGCUGACAUCUUUCCCACUCCUGACAGCUCUGCAUCUGACUGGAGCGCCGAUGUCGAACCCACUCCAGUUUGCUCUGCGCCAGAUUUGAGUGUCAAAAUCCUUUCCACUCCUCUCAGCUCUCCAUGUGAUUCAAGCACUGACAUUCUCCCUGCUCCUGUCCACUCUGUGCCUGACUGGAGCACCGAUCUCUUCACUGCUUCUGUCCGCUCUCCAUCUGAUUGGAGCCUCAAUAUUUUCCAGACACCAGCGCCUACUGCAUCUGACUGGAGUGUCAACAUCCUUCAAGCUCCAGCCAGAUCUGUGUCGGACUGGAGUGUUGAUGUUCUGCAAACAUCAAUCAGUACAACAGAGGACCUUGUGUCUUUUGAGAAUGAUGGGGAAGUGGCGACGAGAAUUGAGGUUAUCAAUUCUCAACACUACAAAAUUGGCAAUUUGCUGGGUGAAGGAUGUUUCGGAGCAGUAUAUGAAGGGAGUCGUUUGGAAGAUGGCGUCAAGGUAGCAGUGAAAUUUGUUACAAAGACGGAGAAUGUGGUUUAUAUCAGCAUUCCGGGGCAUCCCAAACCCCUCCCAGUGGAGGUUGCUCUGUUGAUUCUUGCCAAUGAAGGUCCCAGAGUUUCUGAGAUCAUCGAACUCCUGGACUGGCAGGAUCGACCCGACGAUUACAUCAUGGUCUUAGAGCGGCCCUCACCUUGCGAGGACUUGUUUGGUGUCGCAGAGCGCCACGGAGGCUUCAUCGAUGAGGAGUUAGCACAGGUUGUCAUGAGGCAGGCAACCCACGCUGCACUCAUGUGCUGCCAACGUGGUGUGCUACAUGGCGACAUCAAACUCGAGAAUCUGCUGUUUAACGAGGACACCUUUGAAGUAAAGCUGAUCGACUUCGGGUGCGGUGAUCUUCUUGUGAACUCACCAUAUAAUUUGUUUAUAGGCACAGAUCUGUACUGCCCGCCUGAGUAUACAAUGGAGGGACAGUACCAUGGCGAGCCAGCGACAGUGUGGUCGCUUGGUGUACUAUUGUUUGCAUUGGUGUGUGGGGAUUAUCCAUCCAACACUGACCUGGAUGUCAUCAAUGCAAAUCUCUGGUCCAAAUCUGGCUUAUCAAAAGAAUGCUGCCAUUUGAUUGGUUGUCUCCUGCAAUAUAAUCCUGAGCAGCGGAUUCAGUUAGACAAGAUCCUCCUUCACAACUGGCUUAAGGUCACAGACGUGGAGGUGACACUGUAAAUAGGGUCAUUAAAAUGACAGGAACCUUUCAGGCUGCUCCUUUCACAGCUGCCCCAGAUGUUCUUGUCAAAGCCAGUACACCAAAGUACAACUCUCUUCCAGAGUCCCAGUGCAUCCUGCACCCUGUCCCAUCUGCUGUCUUGGCUGCCCCAGGCCUAGAGCUCCCUUUAAUGGCUGCAACCUAAGCAGUGCCCAAGACCACCCCAGUCCAGAUCCCUCAUGAUAGCCUCCCCAGAUGUUAAUGCUACUGCCCCCAAAGAGACGGCAGUGGCAUUAACAUCUAGGGCAACUUCAGAGUUCUUUGUCAUAGUCUGCUUGCUCCCUGAGUUGCCGUCUCAGCUGCACCAUCCUCAGAGCUCCCUCUUUCAGUCUCCUGGUCUCAAAGUUCCAGUCCUAGAGAAAUUAGCCAGUGCCCAACACCACUCCAGUCCAAAAGCUCUCUCUUUCUCUUGCCAUCCAGAUCCCAAAGGAUCCAUCUGGCCUCUCCAGAUGUUAAUGCCACUGCCGCCAAAUAGACAGCAGUGGCAUUAACAUCUGGGGUAUCAUCAGAGUAUGAAUGGUCCCUGAGUUGUUGCCUCAACUGCCCCAGAGUUCCCUUUCUUUGCCACCUUGUACCAGAGCUCCAGUCCCAGAUAAACUAGCCAGUGCUCAAGACCACCCCAGUCCAAGAGCUCUCUCUCUCUUUCAGGCCAUCUAGAUCCCUCAUGAUGCCCUCCCCAGAUGUCAGUGCCGCCUGCCCCAAAGAGACAGCAGUGGCAUUAACAUCUAGGGCAACUUCAGAGUUCUUUGUCAUAGUCUGCUUGCUCCCUGAGUUGCCGUCUCAGCUGCACCAUCCUCAGAGCUCCCUCUUUCAGUCUCCUGGUCUCAAAGCUCCAGUCCUAGAGAAAUUAGCCAGUGCCCAACACCACUCCAGUCCAAAAGCUCUCUCUUUCUCUUGCCAUCCAGAUCCCAAAGGAUCCAUCUGGCCUCUCCAGAUGUUAAUGCCACUGCCGCCAAAUAGACAGCAGUGGCAUUAACAUCUGGGGUAUCAUCAGAGUAUGAAUGGUUCCUGAGUUGUUGCCUCAACUGCCCCAGAGUUCCCUUUCUUUGCCACCUUGUACCAGAGCUCCAGUCCCAGAUAAACUAGCCAGUGCUCAAGACCGCCCCAGUCCAAGAGCUCUCUCUCUCUUUCAGGCCAUCUAGAUCCCUCAUGAUGCCCUCCCCAGAUGUCAGUGCCUCCAGCCCCAAAGAGACAGCAGUGGCAUUAACAUCUAGGGCAACUUCAGAGUUCUUUGUCAUAGUCUGCUUGCUCCCUGAGUUGCCUUCUCAGCUGCACCAUCCUCAGAGCUCCCUCUUUCAGUCUCUUGGUCUCAAAGCUCCAGUCCUAGAGAAAUUUGCCAGUGCCCAACACCACUCCAGUCCAAAAGCUCUCUCUUUCUCUUGCCAUCCAGAUCUCAAAGGAUCCAUCUGGCCUCUCCAGAUGUUAAUGCCACUGCCGCCAAAUAGACAGCAGUGGCAUUAACAUCUGGGGCAUCAUCAGAGUAUGAAUGGUCCCUGAGUUGUUGCCUCAACUGCCCCAGUGUUCCCUUUCUUUGCCACCUUGUCCCAGAGGUGACACUCACUCCCGCAUUCUCUCUUGGGCCAUCCUGAUCCCAAAAGGUCCAAUCAUAGCUUCCUCCUUUCAGAGAUCCUGGUUGCUGUCCUGGCUGUCACAGUUCCAGGGCUCCCUGUCUCUGCCACCCCAAGCCUGCACUGGGCUCUAUUGUAAAUAAACAGAUGAUAUGCAUAAACUGAAUGAUUGUUUCUAUAACAACAGUAUUACUAAUGCUCAAUUAAAUGAUUUUUGUCUGGGAUUUUAAACAUUUACCCUCAGAGAAGAAGCAUGCAGCUCACCUGGAAGCAGUUCACCUGGAAGCAGGUAAUUAUUUCAGAAAAGGUCAAGUGACUCUACUGAGCCCACACCACGUCUUUCAUGUUUUUUUUUUCCCAAAGUGGGUAUUUAAUAGAUCUAAACAUUCAGGUUUUGACAUACACAUUCAGCAUUAAAUAACUUGAUCUAACUGCAAAUGUGAAAUGUCUAAAGUGAGCUUAUAAGGCACUUUUGUGCCAUUAAAGCCCGCCUCUGUAUAAAUUCACCUGACCUGCAUGCCUUUGUUCCUCUAGAGUACUUAUAGGAAACCCAUACCUGAUUUAAUGAAGUCAACAGACCACAUUAAGACAAAUGUCGUCGGUAUUUCAGUGUUGGAGUGAGUAAUAGGAUUUGGCCUAGAGUAGGAGUGUUUGAAUGUUUCUAGCCAUUUUGACAUUUAUAUAGAAACAACUAUAUGUGAGGACUAAGUUACAUUUCUUUUAACUGCUAAUUUUCACAGGUAGGUGGUAUAUUUUCAAAACUCUUUGUACAAAACUGAUCACACGUAGCAGCUAAUCAGUAACUCAAAACUUGCUAUUGUUCUUGCAUUAAGCUUGUGCUGUGCAUGUUUCUGAAAUCUGACAGAUUUUUCUGAGAAAAAAAAACACAAAACAAUAUCUUCUGUGCUAGGCUGUGGCAAACGAGUAAAAAGAACGUGGUUACAACUUCAGUAGAAUUAUAAUAAUAUUCUUUGUAGAUACAGCCCAGGUUUGUUGCUUUUGUGAAUUCUUUGUUUUUAUAUUACCUGUAAAUUUGCUGAGGAGAUGUCUGCUGCCCUCAUGUGGCUGUGAGAUGAAGCACAAUUAUUUCACACCACCGUUAAAAGGUACAUUGCAGUUAGCAAAGCCUUAUAAAAUAAAAUAAAAUAAAAUAAUAUUCCUGUAAUAUGAUCAUACUUCUGCAGAUUGUUAGAAAUGGAAAAUAGAUCACUUUGGAUGUCUUCUGAGAGAUCAUGGCUCAUGGAUCUCAUGGAAAUUCUGCAUCAUUUUCCUUGAAAGCAAAGGUUUCUAUUUGUCUAUUUUUGGGGGAACCAUCCCUUUAAUUUCAUACACACAAUGAAGGCAGCUCAUAUGAAAGUUAAUAGUAUUGCGUAAAAAAGAAAAAAACAUUUUAAAUCUUUUGCAACAUCUUGAAAAGUAAGAAAUGGGCAGCGUUUCAUGGCCUAAUAGACUUUUUUUUUUUACUCUGAAACACUAUGGACAGUGUGUGUGCAAGGAAGAUUUAAAUAAUGUGAUCUAGUGGAUUAAACAGCCAAUAAAGUGGCAGUAUUUUCCAGGUACAGAACCUUCCUGACAUAUAAAACAGAGUUUUUUGUACUUUUCUCCUAUUUUCUGCAUUCUAUCACCCUACACUUUGUCUUAAGUCGUACAAACUCCUUUAUCUUUGUCUGCGUUUGGUUUUCUGUUUGUGCGUGUGAGAAGGAGAGAGUUUAGCAAAGCCCAAGGGACUGAAACUCUGCCAGAAAUGUAAGAAGAGCGAAGGGAUUGGACCGUUCAGGGAGUGAGAAAGUAAAAAUGGGUUGUGCAAGUGCCAGACAUCUUCCCUGAUGGAUUCAUUUGGGAGAGAUCCAGCCUCAUCUGGAAGGCUGUCAGGUCCCACUGGAGGUUUUAUUGGGUGACAAGCAUUGUGUUGGCUGUCUCUUUACAGCUCUGGAUGCAGACCAAAACCGUUGCUCAACUCAGAAGACGACAAAUUUUGCUCUUUUUAGUCCUGUGAAAUAUGCUGAACUCUGGCACUUAGCCUGUGAAAUGCUCAUUUUAUGUAGUGCAUCCAUUUUCUCCAUGUUUUUAACAACUUUUAAGAAUGGAAUGAGGGACCACAGCCUGCAAAUCUAUCGAAUGCUUAAAUUUCAAUAUGCAUCCUUGCCAAUAGAUGACCUACUUGACAUGCAGGCACAAAUUUGAAUUCCUCUGUAUGGAUAUAAAUAUAAUGGAUUAAAAUAUGAUCCUAUUGGAAAGCAGUUUAACGUUGUUGGGAACUGUUCGUUCGCUGAGGAGCAAUUUGCAUGUAAAUCAUUCUUCCUUUUUUCACACCAUUUCUCUGGUUCAGAUGAUGACUAAUGCCAUUUUUUUGCUAUGUGACAUGAUUGUAUAUUGAAAUUCAUGCAUUCCAAUGAUUAACUAGUCUGUAUUUUUAUGCAGAAACAAUUAGUCAUAAGCUCAAACUACUCAAAAAGGGGUGAUUUGACUUGACAACAGUACACUUUUUUGAGUUUGAAAUGCAAACUAUUGUCUUCUCAACUAGAAUAAAAUAAAGUAGGCAUGUUUGUAACAGCUUUGAAUGCGUUUAGGUUGGUUGCAAGUGUUUCCGUAAUCAUUUAAAUUUAUUUCAAGAUAGACACUAUUAUACAGCAAUAGCAUGGUAUGUUCGUAUUUUACAUCAGCUUGUUAUUGCCUGAAUUUCAUGAGACACAUACAGUACAAACUUGUACAGUAUUUUCAGGACAGAAUUUAAUGACAGUUUUA